UCCUCCUCAGCUGGACGUCUGGACCAUGGACAGUGAUCUGAGUGACGCGGACAGUGUGGGCGACCUCAGCUUCGAGGCCGAGAGUCCUCUGGCGCCCCCGGCUGAACUCCUGGAGAGGCUGCCGAGCUGUGACUGGCUUCUUCAAGGGGACAGGCGCCAGAUAUUCUUCCCACCUUUGGAGGCCCCAGGGAGACCCCAGGAGCAGAGGUGCUGGUCCCCGUUCCUGGAGCACGGAGUCCCCGUGGUGACAGAGGAGGUGGCCCGGGAAGCCCUCCUCAACUUCGUGAACUCCAAGUGCUGCUACGGCAGCGCAGCCGCCACUGACCUCAUCAUCCAGGAGCUGAGGCAACAGACCCUGUGCAGGUAUCGACUAGAGACCUUCAGCGAAUCCAGGAUAAGUGAAUGGACUUUUCAGCCAUUUACUAAUCACUCCGUGGAUGGGCCACAAAGAGGGACCUCCCCCAGGCUUUGGGACAUCGAGGUCCAGGUUCCCCCAAUGUUUCAGGAAGAUACCAGAAAGUUCCAGGUCCCUCACUCAUCACUGGUCAAGGAAUGCCACAGGUGCCACGGGCGUGGGCGCUACAGGUGCAGCGGCUGCCACGGCGCCAGCACGGUGAGGUGCCCCUCCUGCAGCGGCGCCAAGCGCAAAGCCAAGCCCGCCCGGCGGUGUCCGAUGUGCUCUGGGUCCGGCAGGCAGAGAUGCAGCACGUGCUCAGGGAGGGGGAACAAGACCUGUGCCACCUGCAAGGGGGAGAAGAAACUGCUGCACUUCAUCCAGCUGGUCAUCGUCUGGAAAAACAGCCUAUUUGAGUUUGUGUCUGAGCACCAGCUGGACUGCCCUGGGGAGCUCCUUGCUAAAGCCAAAGGGGAGACCCUCUUUAAGGAUGAAAACACGAUGGUGUAUCCCAUCAUCGACUUCCCCCUGCGGGAGAUCUCUCUGGCCUCCCAGCGGGCCAUCGCCGAGCACAACGCAACGCUGGCCUCCCGAUCCCGUGUCCUGCAGCAGCGCCAGACCAUCGAGCUGGUCCCCCUCACGGAGGUUCGCUACUCGUACCGAGGAAAGACUUCUGUCUACUACCUCUACGGCACUGACCACAGAGUGCACGUGGUGGACUACCCCGAGAGGUACUGCUGUGGCUGCACCAUCAUCUGACACUGCACAGCCGCGCCCAGACCCCACCGCUCACAUUUGCCGAGGAGGCCAAACGAGGUCUCUGAGUUCACUCACUGUUGGCUGUUCUGGACAACCGCAUACAAACCCUGCUGUGUCCUUCCAGAGGAUUCAGCUCCUCUGUCAAGCCCCAAGUCAUUCUGAAGCCCUUCUGGUGGAAUCCAUCCUGUGCUUAACCUACAAGAAUUCAUCUACACACGUUCCUUUAGGAGAAAUCACUUAACGGGUGGGGGCUUUGCCUCUGGCCUCCGAGCUAAAGCCCUGAUUGCAUGUGGGGUUGAUUUUGCUUGUCCCUGAAUCAGUCUUGGUUCUAGUGGGCCUUAAAGGUGCAGACCUUUUGCAGAGCUGAGUGAUUGUGAAAUACAUAAAGAUAUGCAGAAA